AUGGAGCUUACAUAUUCUUUUAGUGUUGCAGAUAUUAUAGUUUUCUUAGCAAGUGUAAGUGUUUGUUUAGUUAUAGGCAUCAUUUUUGCAAUAUGUGAUAGAAAAAGAAACACAGUUAACAAUUACUUCUUAGCAAACAGAAAGUACCAUCCUGUACCUGUAGCAAUCUCUAUGGUUGUUACGUUUUGUUCUUCAUUAGGUAUGAUUGGAUUUCCAGCGGAGGCUUAUGCCUAUGGAUUUGGAAUUGCAUACUUUGCCAUCGGAACACUAGCUGCGUAUUCCGUCAACGCUAUUUUCAUAGUUCCAGUUUUCCAUCCGCUGAAAUUAACAAGCGUAUAUGGAUAUUUCAAACUCCGUUAUGGGGAUAAUAUUUUGAGGAAUAUAACAUUAUCCGUUGGAAUAAUUUACAAUUUAUUCUACAUGGCAAUUAUAACAAUCGGUACAAGUAUUGCAGUAGAUGUAGUUAUUGGAAUUCCAUUCUGGGGAACAUUUCUAUUAUUUGCUAUUUUGACAUCCAUAUAUACGUCGGUAGGUGGAAUAAAAGCCGUCAUAUGGACUGAUGUUUUCCAAUUAGGCGUUAUGAUAACCGGAGUUAUUGCCGUCUUAAUCAAGUCAGUUAUUGAUGCUGGUGGAUCAGAAAAGUUACUGGAGUAUUCCAAAGGUCGACUUAAGACAGACUUUAGAUUUGAUCCAACGAUUCGUUAUCAAAUUUGGAAUGUGUCCUUUGGUUCUUUUAGCACGUUGCUGUAUUUGAGCCUUACUCAGCAAGCAAUGCAACGAGUAUUUGUGACACCAUCGAUAAAAUCAGCCAGAAUUAUGUUUUUCAUUUCUGCUCCAAUUUUUGCUCUGUUCAUGGUUUUAAUACCAUUGCAAGGUGUAACAAUAUUUGCAUACUAUUCGGCUCAAGGUUGUGAUAUUUUAGAAUCGGGCCUCAUAAAAAAUGUGAACGAGAUUAUUCCAAUAGCUGUCUUGGAACUUUUUAAAGAUCAGCCUGGUCUUGCUGGAUUAUUCACAGCUGCUUUGUCAAGUGCUGCACUCAGUUCGUUGUCAUCAUGUCUAAGUAGUCUAUCAGCGGUAACGUACGAAGAUAUACUGAAGGUGAAAUUCCCUCGUAUGCAACCAGAUCGGUACAUAAAAUUAUCUAAGAUUAUAGUUUUGAUUUAUGGCCUAGUUACAAUAGGACUUGCAUUUGCCCUUUCUACUUUGCCAGGAUCUAUUGCUUCGAUAUUCUUUAGUUUGAUGGCGUGUGUUGAUGGACCAAUAUGUUCAAUAUUUCUGUUGUCGAUAUUUUACAGCAGGUCAUCAACAAAAGGUCUUGUAACGGGCGCUUGUUGUGGAAUGGCCGUCACUGUAUGGCUGAAUAUAGGAAGCAAGCUCACUGAUGCACCACCAUUUCCGCGCCUUCCGCCCGGUCCGACAAACCAAUGCUUUAUAUAUUCAGAUAAAUAUUUUCCGAUGGCAAAUAUAACACAAAUAUUAAUUCCAAUUGAAAACAUUACAUCUUUUAUAAGCUCACAAUCAACUCCAUCGUCUUCAAGUAGCACGGCUCCAGACAACGGUCAACAAUUGACAUUCUUACAAAAUGUUUACAGUAUAUCUUACAUUUUCUUCUCAUUUAUUGGAUUGAUGACGUCACUAUUUGUAGGAAUUAUUCUAAGUGUUUUCACGAAGCCACCUGAACAUUUAAACAGACGCUGUAUGUUCUCAUUUAAAACGCACGUUCUAGAGGAAAUAUGUGGAGACCGUCUUGAUAACACAGUAGAUGUAAGCAAGAAUGUUAAGCUUGAUAGAAAUGAAACAUUACAGUUCUUAGAAAAGGACGAAGAAAUGUAA